AAUUAAUAGCAUUUAGCCCAGCGGCUCCUGUGUGUGUAGUGAAUGAGCCUCACCUCGGGAGGUGGAUGUAACCGACUGUACCCUGAAAGGAGGGUCCAGUGUGUCCAGGCUUCAGGACUAUAUUACAGCAGACAACAACAACAUGGGACUGUUGUCUGACCCAAAUAGAAGACGGGCGUUGAUCGGCCUGCUCACCCGCCUGAAUGCCCCCAUCUGUAUCGUCUGUUACAUGGCGGGCGUGGCCUGGUUCAUGGGUUUAUCUUUCGAGCCAUUUACCCUGCGGACGUACAUGUCAGAGAAUGCCAUGGGGUCUACAAUGGUGGAGGAGCGGUUUCCUGCAGGAGAGAGGGCGCUGGCCACUGGCAGAGAGUUUUCUGCUCAUAAGAAGAAAACAGGUGGGAUGCCAGUGGAUUGGUUAGUGAAGACCAUGCAGGCCAGAGGUCUUGAGGUGUUUACACAGCGCUUUUCUCGUACUCUGCCCUUUCCUGAUGAAAAUAAAGAGAGAUAUAUGGUUAAAGGCACAAAUGUGUAUGGGAUCCUUCGUGCCCCCAGAGCUCCAAGGACUGAAGCCCUUGUGUUGACUGCUCCAUGCAGCCCUGGUGACGAAAACAACCAGGCUGUGGGACUGCUGCUCGGUUUGGCACAGUACUUUAGGAAUCAGAUUUACUUGGCCAAGGACAUCAUCUUCCUCAUAAAUGAGCAUGAUCUGAUUGGUAUGCAGGCCUGGCUGGAGGGCUAUCACCACACCAACACGACAGGUAUGGACUGGUCUCCGCUUCAGGGCCGUGGUGGUUCAAUUCAGGCAGCUCUGUCCUUGGAGCUCAGCAGUAAUGUUGUCACCAGUUUGGAUCUGGUCCUGGAAGGCCUCAAUGGCCAGUUACCCAACCUGGACUUAGCUAACCUCUUCUAUGCCUUCUGCCAGAAGAUAGGAGUUCUUUGCACCAUCCAGGGCAAGCUGCAGAGGAAUGAUUGGGACAGUGUAUCUGGCUACAGUCAUGCAGUCCAGACCAUGAUGCUUAUGGUGAUGAAGCAGGCCAGUGGGCGGCCUUGGGGGGAUCAUGGCCUGUUCCUGCGCUACCACAUUGAAGCUGCCACCAUCAAGGGUGUCAACAGCUUCCGCCAGGACAAGACGGACGCCACAACCAUUGGCCGGCUUCUGGAAGGAAUGUAUCGUAAGCUGAAUAACCUCUUGGAGCGCCUGCACCAGUCCUACUUCUUCUACCUCAUGCCCUCACUCUCUCAUUUUGUCUCCAUUGGCUACUACAUGCCUGCCUUUGGCCUGCUCGCUGUUAUCCUGCUGCUUCGUGCCUUAGACUUGUGGGUCCAACUUGUGACUCCACCACCUAGAACAGAAGACGGAGACACCGACAUUGACCAGCAGUCCAGUCCGGGAGUGCUGUCUGUGUUGACUCCUCUGGUGAUCAGCCACCUGACUGGAGUGGCUCUGUAUAUGCUGCCAAUUCGUUUUCAGGAGAUGGCUGUUGAACAUUUCCCCGUGUCUGAGACUGAGGCUGUGGUCUUGACGGCCAUUGCCAUUUACACAGCGGGCCUGGCUUUGCCUCAUAACACAAACAGACUCCUCACAGGUGAAGGGACAGAGCAGGGCUGGAGAGUGCUGAAGCUGGUGGCAGUGCUUUACCUGGCUGUGCUGUUAGGUUGCACCGCCCUCAUUAACUUCUCCCUGGGCUUCAUCCUGGCUCUCACCCUGGUGCCUGUGGCCGCCUUCGUCACACCCCACGUCCCAAAGGUUUUGUCAGCCUUCGUCUUGGUCAUUCUCAGUCCAGCCUGCACCCUCCUCUAUUCAGUUUUUUUCUUCCAUGAGCUACAGGAAAUGCCCAUCAGCUUCCAGGAAGGGUGGUUGCUCUACCUGUCAGUCAUCUCACAGGGCAUCCUGGACCACUACCUGUAUGGCUCUCUGGUUUACCCACUGAUCGCCGUGCUGGUCUAUCCUUGCUGGCUGCUUUUCUGGAACAUCCUCUUCUGGAAGUGAAUGCCAGUCCUGAACACUAUUGCAGGCUGACAGGAAUUAAAAAAAAACAAAAAACUUUGGGGUGUUCUCAGGUUUGUCUGCAGUGGAGGAAGUAUGACGAAGAUAACACAUCUGUCAUUGACUUGAUAAGACUGCAGUGACUCGUGUUUUUUUUUGUUUUUUUUAAGAUAGUGUUUUGGACUUUUAAGUAUUUGCUGAAGCUAUUUUGUUCUUAAAACACUUGACAUCAUCUUAAAACAUGCAAUUUGGAUCAAGCAUAAGGGACUUUUUUUUUUUCUUUCUUUUUUUUAAAUAUCACAAAAUGAUGUGGAGGUGAUGAUCUUAUCAUAGUCAAGUUUCAGUUCGAUGGCCUUCUCUGAAAGAACAAUCAGAAUGUGGUUAAUUUAUUUUCUUUCACUGAAACUGCACUGCCUUUUAUUUAGCAGAACUGUAAUGACUGAAGUAGUUUCAACAACAACAACAACGUGGUUUACUCUCACAGUAAACAGAAGAAACUAAUAAGGUCGUUCACUACAUAAUCACUAAUAUAUUUUGUACUUGUUUUGAAACCGUCUUUUUUUUUUUUAUUAUUUAUAAAUGCUAAAAUAAAAGCCUGAAAAAGAUUGGAUUCUGUGUUUGGAGCAAAAUACUUACCCGUUAAUACUUACUUUACGUGCUUUAUGUGUAAGUUGCAAAUAUCUUAAUCAAAAUGUGGUUCACCAAAGAAUAUAACGCAAUAUAUGCUGCAUUAACACAACUCGUGAUUUGAAACUACUACAGUGUAAACUUUGUAGUACUUUGUAGUAAACUUUGAACUUGGAAACAAAAUAGCAGCUCUGUGGAGGCUGCACUGUGAAUAAUAAAUCUUGUCAACUGCGUGCUGUGGCUAGAGGCCAGCGGAGUGGAUCUCCACAGUGAUUAAGACCAUCUGGGUAACAGGAAUGUUAACAUUUUUCUUUUUUCCCCCAAUUAAUCUCGUUGAGGGACAUCAAAGAUAAUGUGUAAAAAAAACAAAAACAACAACAUGUAACCAGAUGGUGGCAAGAGAGAACAGCGAAGGAUCAUCAAAAUCUAUUUCAUUUGUGGUUGCUGCCACAAAUGGUUGUAAGCUCUCAAAAUGGGUCAUGAAAUUUCAAUAAAAGCCAAAAUUACAGCCUUUAUCUGAUAAACAGAAUAUUGCUGCCAAUGUAAACACGCAGUCUCAAGAAUUUCAUAGCAAUUGAAUAGUUGAGAUACUUCAGUCUGGACCAACAGCAGGAUAAAAAUAACUCAUAAAAGACUGCACUGGUGGAGAACUACCAUUUAGUCCUUCAAACAGGCAGACAGAAAAAUAGAUGGAUAAACAGAUUUGUUUAGUUGCAUUAUGUUUAUUCUGCUAAUGUAAGUUGUUUUUUUACAGUAUUAUGUACUGGAAACAGGUCAUUCCAUUGCUGUCACAGCCCAGAGAGACUCUCGUAAAAUCAAAACCGACCGAUAAAAUGAACAUCGAUUAUUCAAUGCAUCUUGAUAAUAAAAAUAACACACUUAAUACAAUGUUAUAAAAAAAUAAAAGCACUUGUCGACCCUGUAAAUGCAACAUUCCUUUUCUUGUUCUUUUUCCACGUUUCCAUUCCUAAACAUUUUGGCACCAAAAGACAACACACCUGAAGAGAGGAGGGCAUUCACCCAAGGCUUUCCUCUCACUUCACAGCUGGCACAAACCAAAA